UCACUUCCAUGUUUUUUUUUUGGCCUCCAUAAAAGGGCAUAUCUCUCUUGUUCAGACAAGAGCAAGUAGUUUUUACAUUCAAUUUCCCGCAUAUUCAUUUUCUUCACCUUUCCUCUUCCCCUCAUUUUACACCAAGCAACCAUUUUCUCUCUCCUCAAUCUCCGAGAUCUCAAAUUCCCCUAAUUUCUUCACAAAUCCAUCCAAUUUCGUACUCUAAAUUUCAUAAUCUCAUUCAGAAAUUUGAUUUUCUCUCCUCUCCUUGCUCGAUUCUCUCACCCCUAAAUUCUAGGGUUUCAUUUUGUUGAUUUCAUUGUUAAGAACUCGGAUUAAUUUAGAUUAUCUUGUAUCUAUUAAUUUAGAGGAAAUUUGGUUUAGGAAAAUUCGUUAUCGUUAAUUUGGAGAAAUUUUGGUGUUUUCUGGAAAAUUGAAAAUGGAUUCGGAGGAUGACAUGCAUGAUGCCAACGAUGUUGAAUCGCUUGAAGAUUUUUACAGUGGCGACACUGCUAUCGAUUCCGAUGAUGCUGCUGAUGGCGAUUAUGAAUUCAUUGAUAACGAUUCGGAAGACGAGUAUGAUGAUUUCACUUCUCAUCGUAAUCAGCAAAACUAUACCAUUUUAAGUGAAGCUGAUAUUCGUCAAUGGCAAGAGAAUGAUAUUCUGAAGAUAUCAACAGUGCUAUCAAUUUCAAAGGUUGAAGCUGGCAUUCUUCUACGCCACUAUAAUUGGAGUGUCAGUAAAGUACAUGAUGAAUGGUUUGCUGAUGAAGAGAAAGUCCGCAACACAGUUGGUUUACUGGAAAGGCCUGUUAUUGAAUUCCCUAAUGCAAGAGAAAUGACUUGCGGGAUAUGUUUUGAGGACUUUCCAAGUGCUAUGAUGAGUGCAGUUGCGUGUGGCCAUCCAUUUUGUAACUCAUGUUGGGCUGGUUACUUGGGUACUUCCAUUAAUGACGGCCCUGGAUGCCUUACUUUGCGAUGCCCUGAUCCAUCAUGUGCUGCUGCUGUCGGUCAAGACAUGAUAAAUACACUGGCUCGUGAAGAGGACAGGGAGAAGUAUGCACGUUACUUUCUUCGAUCUUACAUUGAAGACAAUAGGAAGGCCAAAUGGUGCCCUGCUCCUGGCUGUGACUAUGCAGUUGAUUUCGUUGUUGGCAGUGGGAACUAUGAUGUGACUUGUCGUUGCUCACAUGGAUUUUGUUGGAGUUGUACCGAAGAAGCUCAUCGACCUGUCGAUUGUGGCACAGUGUGCAAGUGGAUCAUGAAAAAUAGUGCAGAGUCUGAAAAUAUGAAUUGGAUAUUGGCUAAUUCCAAGCCAUGCCCAAAGUGCAAGCGACCAAUUGAGAAAAACCAAGGAUGUAUGCAUAUCACGUGUACACCUCCCUGUAAAUUUGAAUUUUGCUGGCUUUGUCUUGGUGCUUGGUCUGAUCACGGUGAGAGGACAGGUGGUUUCUAUGCAUGUAAUCGUUAUGAAACUGCAAAGCAGGAAGGAGUGUACGAUGAGUCUGAGAAACGUAGAGAGAUGGCCAAGAAUUCAUUAGAGAGAUAUACUCAUUAUUAUGAACGUUGGGCGAGCAACCAAUCGUCUAGGCAGAAAGCACUUCAAGACCUUCAGCUGAUGCAAAGUGUGCACCUAGAGAAGCUGAGUGACAUACAAUGUCAGCCAGAGUCACAGCUGAAGUUUAUCAUUGAAGCAUGGUCACAGAUUGUUGAAUGUAGACGUGUCCUAAAAUGGACGUAUGCAUAUGGCUAUUACUUGCCUGAGCACGAACAUGCAAAGAGACGGUUUUUUGAGUAUAUGCAGGGAGAAGCAGAGGCUGGUUUGGAGCGACUUCAUCAAUGUGCUGAGAAGGAGCUGCAAGUGUACCUUAAUGCAGAAGGUCCAUCAAAGGAAUUCAAUGAGUUCCGCACAAAGCUAGCUGGUCUUACAAGUGUAACAAGAAAUUAUUUUGAAAACCUUGUGCGUGCCCUAGAAAAUGGUUUAGCAGAUGUGGAUUCGCAUGGUGCUUGCAGCCGAACCACAAGUUCAAAAAGCCUAGGAGGAAGCAGGAGCAAAAGUGGAAGGGGCAGAGGCACCUCUUCAAAAUCUGGUAGUUCCAGUAGGAAUAUUGAUGAUUCAAGCCACUGGUCAUGUGAACAUUGUACAUUUGCUAAUGUUAGAUCCGCUACCAUUUGUCAGAUGUGUCAUAAUAGAAGGUGAACAGCCUCCUAUAGUUGGAUUCACCUGAAGGCGAAGACAAAAUGUCGAGGCCAAAAACUCAUCGAUGGUGGCCAAGGCAUCAGAUGUCAAUAAUUGAUGCCUAAUGAUCUCAUUGCAACUCACUUGUUGCCGACCUCCUAUGCAUAUGAGGUGGUAACCUGAGUUCAUACAGACAGAAAUAACAGACGUUGAUAAUGGUUUGGGGAGGUACAAUGUUUGUAUCGUGUCGUAAUUUUAGCUGUAUAUAGUUCCAUCUGCUGUGUCUGCAUUUGGAUCCUGACCAGAAUUUAAUGAAAAACUUGUAUUAUCUAGCUGUUCUUAAUUAUUUUUUUUUAAUUUGUUCAAUGGCCUGAGCCUUUCAGCCAGAUUGUAAUAGUGAAAAAAAAAAAUAGAAAAAUAGUUGUACAAUAGUGAAAAUAUUGUACUUGUAACAAGCUUGUUUGACGAUCCUCAUCGAGUCAUUGUCAAUAAAGUUUUUCAUUCUAUCAUCAA